AUGGGGUGUGUUCUUGACCAACUCGUAAAAAAGCUGAAGGAAGCAAAACUCUGCCUCACAGAUGUUUACGAGGAAGUCCGAAAUUUCAAAAUGAAGGUGCUUCAGCGGAAACAGGACAGCCUCUUUGAAUACCAGACCAAGCAGCUGACAGACAAACAAGUGCUAGCACAAAGGUCCAAGCAGCAACAGGACUUUGUGAAGUUCUAUGACUCUGCCAUUACAUACAUUGACAAGUGGUUUGAUUUCUCACCAGAAAAUGUAAUGAUGAAACUGAAACCGAUCAGCCUCUAUGAAGAGCUCUCUUUCACUCACCUGGAGCAGGUGGUGGCUGCCCUCAAAAUGACAGAGACAGCUAAAAUGGGAAAGAUCAUCUUCUACGAGGACAGGAACUUCCAGGGUCGGCACUAUGAGUGCAGCUCCGACUGUGCCGACCUCUCCCCUUACUUCAGCCGCUGUAACUCCAUCCGUGUUGAGAGUGACUGGUGGGUGUUGUACGAGAGACCCAACUACAUGGGAUACCAGUAUGUCCUGAGCAGGGGAGAGUAUCCUGACUACCAGCGCUGGAUGGGAUUCAAUGACUGUGUCAAGUCCUGUCGCACCUACCCUUACUACCAAGGAGGAAACUAUAAGAUUAGGAUCUAUGAAAGGCCUGACUUUUCAGGGCAGAUGAUGGAAUUCGUGGACGACUGUCCCUCUGUCUACGAUCGUUUCCGUUACCGUGACAUCCACUCCUGUCACGUCAUGGAUGGUUAUUGGAUCUUCUAUGAACAUCCCAACUACAAAGGACGACAGUACUUCCUGAGACCCAGGGAAUACAGGAGGUUUAAUGACUGGGGCAGCUCCUGCGCUACCAUCGGGUCCUUCAGGCGCAUGAGGGACUUCUAG